AUGGAAACAAAUUUUGAGAUGAGCUCAAUGGGUCCGAUUAACUUUUUUCUUGGCUUGAACAUAAGGCAGAGUCAGGAAGGAAUCUUUAUAAAUCAGGAAGCUUAUACGAAGACCUUGCUUGCCAAGUUUGGAAUGGUGGGAGACUCAAAGGUGAAGGUUCCAAUGACAUUCGGAACGAAACUAACUCCUUUUCUGGAAAAAUUGGCUGCAGAUAUGACAAUUUAUCGCCAAAUGAUAGGUUCACUAAUGUAUCUAACUUCCAGUCAACCAGAUAUCAUGUUUUUCGUUUGUUGUUGUGCUAGGUUUCAAGCUAAUCCUCGAGAUCCUCACAUGAUAGCUGUCAAGAACAUAUUCAGGUAUCUUAAACGAACAUAUUCACUAGGAAUAUGCUACCCCUCAAAGUCUGGUUUCUUUGUGCAAGCAUUUUCGGAUGCUGAUCUUGGAGGAUGUGGGUUAGAUAGAAAGACUACAACUGGAGGAUGUCAAUUUCUUGAUGGAAAACUAGUCAGUUUGCAAUCCAAAAAUCAAACCUGUGUUUCAUUAUCAACAGUUGAAGCCGAGUACAUAGUUGCUGCCUCAUGCACUUCCCAGGCGAUUUUUCUCUCUACUGUUCAUCAUAUUCUUCAACAAGCAUCAAUGGUUGUCUCAUUAAAAACCCCUUCUGUUCAAGAUCAAUCUGCACAGACGUCGCUUCUUGCGAUCAAGCCAAAUAAAAACUUGAUUCUCGAUCUUGAUCGUCUCAAGUACGACAGCUUCUUGCUACCCAUUGUUGAGUGCUUGAAAUAUUCUCCUCUGGUUAAAGCCUUGACCACAUCAGAGAUCGUUUCAAUGUCUAUCUUAUCAAAAGCUUACUCCUCUAGUUGCUACAUCAAAGAGGAACAAAGAAUCACCUUUGAAGUUCACAACAUAAAAACCUCAAUCACCAACUCCCGCUUUCACUCCUUACUAGGGCUUGAUCAAAGUGAUGAUAUGGUAGACCUGAUUCCAUCUCCAUCGCCGCCAUGA